UCUAAAAAAAAUAUUAAACUCUGUAAAAGUGAAACAAGGAAUGUGGUGUAUAAUUGUGUGAAAUGUAUGAUGAAAAUCAAGCAAUUUCGCCAAGCAAAUAUAAAGAAAUAGGUUGCAGCAGUUUUUAUUUCGACUGAACUUGAGAAAUCCGGGAUGGGACUGAGCGCGAAUAGCUUCAGCGAUUCCUUAUAGUACAAAAUCGCUGUCAGUCAAAAGGAGAUGCAAUCUUUCGACAGACCCUCCAAUCAUCACGCAGAAGCUCGGAGUCCAGGCCAACCCACUCCUCAUUUGCUCCUCAUUCACCCCCAGAGACGCUGAGCGUCCGUGGGCGGGACAUAAUCGCAGCGUUUAUCCAAUGACCGUCUAGUUUCAAAGCACUGAAAAAAAACGUUCAAAGCAGCCGCAUUGAAGUCAAUGGACGCUGGGCUUCAACGGGGAAAUGCACUGUGACGCUACGGGAAUGUAUGAGAAGAAAAUAAAGUCAGCCGACCUGCUAUAUCUAACUGAUUCUGAACGAACUCGUCUUUGAGAUGAACGUUUUCUAACGCAUUUUUAGUCAAUAAAAUGUUAAUACAAUAGUACAUACUUUGACCAUUAAUUUUGUGACAUUAUAGGGGAAGCUGAGCUUCCCUUGCAGUCUUAAAGAAAUCGCCACUGCCUGUGACAGAUUUAAUUUUCACUUUCCCUGAUCCAUUACGAGAUGAGGACCGUCUUGACGGCAGGGAUUAGGCUACAUAACAAUGUCUGGAUUAAGAAAAUCUAAAGUGUGGAUGCACUUUGAAAUGGUAAAAGAUGAUCCAAAAAAAGUAAAAUGCAAGUUGUGCCAACAGCUCAUGUCGUACCACUCAUCAACAACAAACAUGGCUUUCCACUUAAAACGGACCUGUUAGUGCUGAAAGAGGACAGUCAAGAACUAAAUGAAAUGGAAGAGAAAGAUCAUGAUUUUAUGACUGGAGGAAAAUCCCCACAUAAUAAGUUGUCCUCAAGAAAUAGAGCUCAAAAGAAAGGAACUAGGAGUUACUUCAACUGCCAACAGUGUGGAAGGAGUUUCACUAAGAAAGAAAACCUUGACGUCCACAUGAGAAUUCACAAUAGUGAGAAUCCUUUCACCUGCCAACAGUGUGGAAAGAGUUUUACUCAAAAAAGAACUCUUAAAAGCCAUCUGAGAAUUCACACUGGAGAGAGGCCUUUCACAUGUGAACUGUGUGGAAAGAGCUUUACGCGUGAACUAAACCUUAGAUAUCACAUGAACAAUCACACCGGUGAGAAGCCAUUCUCAUGUGAUCAGUGUGAAAAGAGUUUCACACGUAAAGUAGGUCUUAAAAGCCACAUGAGAAUUCAUUCGAGAAAAAACAGUUUUAAAUGUAAUCAGUGUGGAAUGAGUUUCCCAGACAUGGAUCGUCUUAACAGGCAUGUAAUAAUUCACUCUGCAGAGAAGCCUUUCAAAUGCCAGCAGUGUGGAAGGGGUUUCAAAUUCAAUAAAAACCUUAAGACGCACAUGAGAAUUCACUCCGGAGAGAAGCCUUUCACAUGCCAUCACUGUGGGAAGCAUUUCAGUCAUAAAGUAAGCCUUAAGACUCACUUAAGACUUCACACUGGAGAGAAACCUUACACAUGCUCUCUGUGCAGAAAGAGUUUCACGUAUAAAUCGACCCUUAAUGCCCAUGUGAGAGUUCACACUGGAGAGAGCCCUUACACAUGCAAACUGUGUGGAAAGAGCUUCUCACAAAAAGGAAAUCUACAGACCCAUAUGAGAAUUCAUACCGGGGAGAAACCGUUUAUAUGUGGUCAGUGUGGAAGGAAUUUCAGAUGUAAAGUAACCCUCAUUUACCAUAUGAGGAUUCAUUCAAGAGAGAACUGUUUUAUAUGUCAGCAGUGUGGAACAAAGUUCACAGACAGUAAACACCUUAAGGAUCAUGUAAUAACUCACAUCGGUGAGAAGCCUUUCAUGUGCCAUCACUGUGGAAAGAGUUUCACACUUAAAGGAAACCUCAAGACUCACAUGAGACUUCACACUGGAGAGAAGCCUUUUAAAUGCAAUCAGUGUGAAAAGAGUUUCAGACAUAAUGUAAGCCUCCAGACUCACAUGAGACUUCACACUGGAGAGAAGCCUUUCAAGUGUCUUGAGUGUGAGAAGAGUUUCACAUACCAAAGAGACCUGAAGCGCCAUUUGAAAACUCAUUCUGGAAAGAAACUGCAGCCUGACAAGAAGUUAACAAACAGAGGCCAUUUAAAAAGUCCCCUGCCCAUUCACUCUGGAGGAAGGCAACUUAAUUGUGAUCAGUGUAAUAGAACAUUUCUUUUGCCAUCACACUUAAAGAUACACCUGAAAAGUCAUGCAGAUGUGAGACCUUAUUUGUGUUCCUUGUGUGGAAAGAGUUUUAAAUGGCUCAGAAAUUUAAAAUGGCACCAGAAAAUACGUGUCUGUGCGAAAUCAAGGCUACGUUCACACCACAGCUAAAUGUGGCCACAAUAAGAUAUUUCCACCGAAAUAUGAUUCCUUUCCUGUAAUUUAGAAAAUUGACAAAUUAAGAUUGUCUUUCCACUGUAUAACAGCGUCUCUCCAAACCUUUAUGUUAACUCAGAAUCUCACCACUGGCCAUUUUCAUUGUGUUCUUUUUGUGUAGAUUGAAAAAUACAACCAUACAUUUGCAUGGUUUUAUUUAAUCUUUCUCAUUUCAUUUUUCAUGUUCAUUCUGAUUAUGUUAUGUAUUCUUGUUUCCUUUCCUUGCUUCCUUUUCUCAUGCAAAAAUGUGUAAAGCAGUUGAAGCUAAGAACACUGAGUCCUGAUCUAACCUGAACUGAAAAUCUCUGAAAAAUUCUUGCAGAUAACGUUAUAGCUAAGAAACCCACUACAGUCACCAAACUGUGGUAGAGAGUGGAAGAAGAGUGGACCAAGAUCACACCAGUGCUGUGUGAGAAAGUAGCUGUCAAAGUUAGUUAUUCAAUGUAAGUUAUUCAAAGCAAGGGCCUCUACAGUUCCUACUAAUUUCUGACCGCUGUAACUCUCCAAAUUUUAUUUGUAAUAUUCUUUCAUGCUACAGUGGUUACUAAUUUAUCUAAUCUAAUUCUAGUCUAAAUUUGAUCACUGUGUUUUCCACAAAAUAAAGGUUUUUAUUGAAAUGCCUGGAAAAUUUUGUCAAACAUAUUAGUAGAACAGUGAUAUACCUCCAGCUAAUAUUUCCUCAAACUUUAUGCAAUGAAGAUUAACAAUAUUUCAGGAUAAAAUGAAGCAUUUAAAGAUUGUUAAACUAGAGAGCAACACUCUUGUUGUUGUUCAUGCAACAUCAAUCUAUUCCCAGUACUACGUUUAGACACAUAUUAAACAUUUUCCUUUUGUCCCAAGUGGAAUGGAAUGGGAUGCUGUUUCUUGUAAUGCAUUGGAAUGGGAGUUUCAGUUGAUCCUGCCAUGAACUUGUGAAGAAUGCCAAGUAACGUCAAGACAUGCAUAUCCUUGAUGCCUUGAUUGCAACAGAUUUCUCUGAAGGCUUGAAUUGGCAGAUGUUACGUUCCCCUCCUGUCUAGGGGUUUAAGAGGGGAAGUAGCAACGGGGAAAAAAAAAAACAAAUAAAAAAAAUAACCGGAAAGAACACGCUUCAGUCCCGUCCCAGAGUGAAGAUGACACCAAAUCUCGAGUUACAAAAAAAAGUAGAUUUAUUUAUAAAUUUACAACAAAAGAAAUAGGAAGCAAUGGCUCAGGAGAGAGCAAGGCCUAAAAUAACAAACAAAACAUUCGGGUAACUAAUUUUAGGGAGCAACUAACUUACCUCAGAUUCCAAAAAAAAGAAAAUAAACAACAUAAAACUUCCCUCUACUCCCUAACUGAACCAAAAACAGGGAUGAAGAAGAGUUACAAAGAAAAAGGCACUCUCUCCCUACACUUCCCACAAAAAUACACAAAAGAAAUAACAAAAUUAAAUUCUUACACACUCAGGUUGACAACUAUGAUAUUAAAAAAAAAGGAACACUAAGUUCAGUCUGGAUCAGGGGAGUAGUGUGUCUCUCUCAUGCAAACACAGGACUGCUACCGUAUACUCCACUCUCAGUCUCAGGCACGCUCUCCUAACGAGCCACAGGUGAUGGUGAUUCUGCCUGAGAGGGAGAGAGAGAGACAGAAAGCAUAGCACAGACACAGAACAUAUGACCACGCCCCACAUUGGAAAACCAAGAAAAAACUAAAUAAUGAAAAUACGUCCUGGGACGUAAAACCUUCACCAUUAAAAUUUUUUUUUCUGAAAUUUUUGCUUUUUACCCAAUGUAGAAACAAAAGGGAGGGGUUGAGAGAAAAAAAAAAGUGUAACACAUCAAUUCAAGUUUUAACCAUUGGCCCUGGAUAGUGCAUUGGCAUUUUCAUCACAUUUUCAGAACCUCUUAGAUGACGGACCUCAAGAUUAUAUUCUUGUAUAAUUAGAAGCCAAUGCAUCAGGCGCUGAUUUGAAUUUGACAUCUGGGCGAGGAAAAUUAAGGGGUUGUGAUCGGUGAACACAAGAAGAGGAGUUGCACUACCUCCUACGUAAACAUCGAAGUGUUGAAGCGCAAGUAAGAGAGCAAGAGCCUCUUUCUCGAUGCUACUAUAGCGUCUUUGGUAGAACGUGAACUUCUUUGAGAAAUAGGAGAUGGGAUGAUCAACAUCAUGUUCAUCUUCUUGCAACAACACUGCGCCCGCCCCGGUGGCACUGGCAUCCACCUGCAGCUUGAACGGCUUUUCAAAGUUAGGGGCAGAGAGCACAGGAGCAUUCACUGCAUCAAAAGCUACAGGUCAACAGGUCUUUCACUGCAUCAGAAGCUAGCGAGCAGCUGUUGUCCCAGAUAAACUUACGGCUACUACUUAAGUGAUCAGUGAGUGGGGAAACUACUGCAGAGAAGUUUCUGCAGAAUCCACGGUAGUAGCCUGCCAUAUCAAGAAAUCGGCGCAAUUCACGUUUAUUGCUGGGGGUAGGGAACUGUAGAAUAGCCUCCACUUUGGCAACAACAGGUCUCACACAUCCCUGACCCACUUGUUUCCCCAGAUAAGUGACUACUGCCUUUUCGAACUCACAUUUGGCAGCAUUUAAAGUUAGCGAAGCUGCAGCUAACUUACUGAACACAUCCUCCAGUGCUUUAACAUGUUCUUCCCAUGAACUUGAAUAGACAACAACAUCGUCUGUGUAGACCUCGCAAUUUGUGACUCCCACCAGGACCCUCUGCAUCAGGCGUUGGAAGGUAGCAGAUGCAUUUCGCAUCCCGAACGCUAGAACCUUGUAUUGCAUAAAAUGAUCUGGUGUCACAAACGCGGAAAUCUCAGAGGCACGAGGAGUUAGAGGCACUUGCCAGUAGCCCUUAAGGAGGUCUAAUUUAGAUACAAAGUUAGUAGAGCCUACUCUGUCCACACAAUCCUCUACACGUGGUAAUGGGAAUGAGUCAGCCUUGGUGAUUUUAUUCACCUUGCGAUAGUGCAAAAUCGAAAAGAUGAGUCAGGCUUGGGCACAAGUAAACAGGGGGAACUCCACGGGCUUUGACUGGGAAUGGCAAUAUCAUGACACAGCAUGUAUUCAAUCUCCUCCUUCAUUAUUGCACGUUUCUUUGGAUUAACUCCAUAUGCAUUUUGCUUAAUUGGCAGAGAAUCACCCACAUCAAUGUCAUGGGUUAGCACUGAAGUUCUACCUGGCAUAUCUGCAAAUAGUGAAGGGUACUUGUCUAUCAGCUGCAGAA